UUUAACAAACAGCUUUCAUGCAAAAUCUUUACGCUUUCUAGUUUCGGGAAAAUUCAGUUUCUUUUUCAUUUUUUUUAAUGCGUAUUAGAUUCCUGCAUGGCUGUGAUUAUCCUCUGUUAUUCAAGAAUUAGUUGUAGCAGUGUCAAGUAUAGUGAUAUCGCCGAUACUAAACCGCCUGCUUUACACAAUAGCGAGUCAUUUGGAGGAAGAAAUUUUGGAAAUUUGAGAGUCUUACCAAGUGGGUCUACGUUGAAUUGGAAGAAACACAAGAAAAAACAACUGGGUCUUUGUGGUUUUGUGAGGAGGAGUCCAUGUGAGAUGAUGGAGGUGAGGGGCACGCGAAGAAAUGGGAUGACUUCUGAGGAAGUUCUAAGGAUUCUGAAGUCGACGUCGGACCCUAAUCAGGCGUUUGCAUUUUUUAAGUCUGUCGCUGGGCUGCCUAAUGUAGUUCAUACGACUGAAACUUGCAAUUACAUGCUUGAACUCUUGAGUGUCCAUGAGAGGGUGGGGGAUAUGGCUGCUGUGUUUGAUUCGAUGCAAAACCAAAUCAUACCCAGGAGUUUGAACACUUAUUUGUCUAUUUUUGAGGCUCUUCGUAUAAGGGGAGGGAUUCAGCAAGCCCCAUUUGCGCUUGGGCGCAUGAGAAAAUAUGGGUUUAUUUUGAAUGCAUAUUCGUAUAAUGGUUUGAUUCAUUUGCUUCUUCAAUCUGGAUUUUCUAGAGAUGCUUUAGUGGUUUAUAGGAAAAUGGUAUCUGAGGGUAUUAGGCCUAGUCUUAAGGCUUAUUCUGCGCUUAUGGUGGCUUCUGGAAAGAGAAGGGAUGUAAAAAGCGUAAUGAGAUUGCUAAAAGAGAUGGAAAGCUUGGGAUUGAGGCCAAAUGUCUACACGUUUACUAUAUGCAUUAGAGUGCUAGGGAGGGCUGGGAAAUUUGAUGAAGCCUAUGGUAUUCUUAAAAGAAUGGAGGAUGAGGGAUGUGGACCUGAUGUUGUUGCUUAUACGGUUCUCUUAAGUGCCCUCUUUGAUGCAGGGAAACUCAAUAGUGCCAGGGAAUUGUUUUUUAAGAUGAAAUCUAGCAGUCCCAAACCUGAUAGAGUGACUUACAUCACUUUGUUGAGCAGGUUUUGUGAUUGUGGAGACUUAAACAUGGUGAGAGAAUUUUGGAAGGAAAUGGAAGCUGAAGGUCAUGUUCCUGAUGUGGUUACUUUCACCAUACUUGUUGAUGCUUUCUGCAAAGCAGAGAAGGUUGAUGAUGCAUUUGCUACUUUAGAGAUCAUGAUUAAAAAAGGGGUCUCACCAAAUCUUCAUACUUAUAAUACACUGAUUUCUGGGCUCUUGAGAUGUAAUAGACUUAAAGAAGCACUGGAACUUUUUGAUAGCAUGGAACAUCUUGGGUUUGAACCAAAUGCCUAUACUUACAUCCUUUUCAUUGAUCACUAUGGAAAGUUGGGAGACUCAGGCAAAGCUCUCGAAACCUUUAAGAAGAUGAAAGCUAGAGGGUUUGUUCCUAAUGUUGUUGCUUGCAAUGCCUUGUUGUAUAGUCUUGCAGAAGAAGGUAGGAUCAGGGAGGCAAAAGAUAUUUUCAAAGGAUUAAAAGCUAGUGGAAUUCUUCCAGAUUCUAUAACUUAUAACAUGAUGAUGAAGUGCUACAGUAAGGUAGGGAAGGUAGAUGAAGCCCUGAAGCUACUUUCUGAGAUGAUAAAAAGUGGUUGUGAUCCAGAUGUGAUUGUUAUCAAUUCAUUGAUUGACAUACUUUACAAGGCUGAUCGAGUAGACGAGGCAUGGGCAGCGUUUAGCAGGCUGAAGGAGAUGAAACUUUCUCCUACUGUUGUGACCUAUAAUACAUUAUUAGCUGGAUUGGGGAAUCAGGGUAGGGUCCAAAAGGCCAUGCACUUAUUCAAGAGCAUGGCAGAAGAAGGGUGUGCUCCAAACACAGUUACUUUCAACACACUUCUGGAUUGCCUUUGCAAAAACGACGAAGUUGAUUUGGCCUUGAAGAUGCUGUAUGAUAUGGCGGAAAUGAAUUGUAGCCCUGAUGUUAUAACUUACAACACCAUUAUUUAUGGCUUAACUAAAGCAAAUAGAGUUAAUGAUGCAUUUUGGGUCUUCCAUCAGAUGAGGAAAAUGUUCUAUCCUGAUCCUGUAACUCUCUGUACUCUCCUUCCAAGUGUUGUGAAAGGAGGACGUACUGAGGAUGCUCUUAAGAUUGCCAAGAACUUUUCUGAUGAGGUUGGAAGUCAAGCAGACAGCUCUUUUUGGCAAGUUUUAAUGGCUGGGAUUUUAGUUGCUGUCAAAAUAGAUGAUUCUGUUAUAUUUGCAGAAAGAUUGUUAUAUGAUGGGAUUUGCCUAACUGACACAGUUUUGAUACCUUUAAUUAAGGCUUUAUGCAUGCAUAAGAGAGCUUUGGAUGCUCAUAAAAUAUUUUCAAAUCUCACAAAAAGCUUUAGAAUCCAGCGAACAGCAGAAGCAUAUAAUUCUUUAAUUGAUGGCCUUCUAGAAGAUGGUCUUGCUGAAAUGGCUUGGGGUCUGUUUGAGGAGAUGAGAACUGCUGUAUAUGCCCCUGAUGUUUCCACCUAUAACUUGUUACUUGAUGAACUAGGGAAGUCUGGGAAAAUCAAUGAACUGCUUAAAUUGUUUGAAGAGAUGCUCCGUAGAGGAUGCAAGCCCACCACCAUAACUCACAAUAUUGUCAUCUUUGGCCUUGUAAAAUCUGGUAGCUUAGAUAAGGCCAUUGAUUUUUACUAUGAUCUUAUAAGUGGAGAUUUAUCUCCCACUCCUUGCACAUAUGGCCCUCUUAUAGAUGGUCUUGCCAAGUCAGGAAGACUGGAGGAUGCAAAGCAGUUCUUCCAGGAGAUGGUGACUUAUGGAUGCAAACCUAACUGUGCCAUAUACAAUAUUCUUAUGAAUGGAUUUGGGAAAAAUGGUGAUGUGGAAACUGCUUGUGAGUUAUUUGAAAGGAUGGUUGAAGAGGGCAUACAACCGGAUUUAAAAUCCUACACUGUUCUCGUGGAUUGCCUCUGCAUGGCGGGGAAAGUGGAUGACGCUUUGCACUACUUCGAGCAACUAAAGCUAACUGGCAUUCCUGACUUAGUUUCUUACAACCUUAUGAUUAAUGGGCUUGGAAGAUCACGAAGGGCAGAAGAAGCUCUUGCGCUUUUUGAUGAGAUGCGAGAUAGAAGAAUUAGUCCUGACUUGUACACCUAUAAUUCCUUAAUACUGAAUCUUGGGAUUGUUGGAAUGGCAGAUCAAGCACAAAAGAUGUAUGAAGAACUCCAACUUAUGGGCCUUGAACCUAAUGUGUUUACCUACAAUGCUCUUAUUCGAGGGUAUAGCAUGUCAGGAAAUCCUGAUGAUGCAUAUGCAGUGUACAAGAAGAUGAUGGUUGGGGGCCACAGCCCCAACAUGGGAACAUAUGCUCAGCUUCCCAAUCAAUCUUGAUGGGCAUCUGAUAUACUUGUUUGCUGAUUUCUGUCUUUGUGGAAUACUAGGCAUGUUUUAGCUUGCUUGUGGUUGAUGGUUUGGGUCAAAGAGGCUCGAGUAGAAGUCAAUUGUAUGGCUGGUCCGUUGUGCUUGUCCUUGCAGCUGAUGUGCUUGACAGGUCAAGUCCUUCCAAUUUUUUCUCCACAUCAAACUGUGUUGGAUCAUGAAGCUGCUGUCACCAUGAGAACAUUUGACUCCAUCACUGCAAUCUCCAACUUGGCUUGUAUUCUCAUAAACUAUGGGAGAACAUCUCCAAGCAUGUGGUAUCUCCACCAUGAAGCAUAGUACGCCCCCAUUUUAUGUGUCGAGAUGCAGCCACCACAUCAUCUACAAGAGAAAUGUUUAAGUCCAGGUGAUGUGUACUUAAUGUUGCCAUGUUGGGGCUUUCAACAAUGACCAUCAACAUUUAGCUCCUUGUAGCUGUUGGAAUUUGGAAGUGGCAUGAGCGGCAGUGAAAUUCGUAUGUUCAGCAGCGGCAAUUUUGUUGAAGAAAUUGUGCAGCAUGAAAUAAAAGCUUUUCAGUCCACUCAUUCUGGGCAAAAGAUGUAAUGUACACAAGUCUCCAAAGAACCCAUAUGAGCUCUACUACUUUAGGCUCCAGUAAGAUUUUGGAUGUUAAAUCAUUUGAGAUGGCUCGAGGGAGAACACCUCGAAGCACGUGGAAUCUCCACCUACAAGGCAUCAGCAUUCCCCCACGUUAUGUGCUGAGUUGCAGCUGCCGCAUCAUCAACAGGUAAGGUGGAUUUUGUCCAGGUAAUAUUCAAACUAACCAGCAGGAACAAACUUUGUAAUAAUGUCAACUGCUUUCUUUUCUGUUGGGGUAACUGGUGACUCCUUGAGA